GAAAUAUAAAGCCAGCAAACGCAAUUUUAUUUUCUUUCCAGUUUCUAAUUUCUACUUCCCUUACUCCACGUUUCCUUUUCAUAUCAAUUAUUUCCCUCUCCUUUAUCAUCAUGUCAAUGUAGUCUAUCCAACGACCUGUAUGUGUUUAUAUACAGCAGGACUUGAAAGGGACAGUUGCAAAUCAAUCGGUGCUGUACAGCCGCCGGAGGGAAAACCAACUCGUGCCUCAUAUCGGAGUUGUGAGAUCUGUGGCCUUACCGCAGCAGAUUCACUUCGGUAUCAUUACAUAAGUUUUAAUAUGCGGCACGGAAGGCGUUUGAUAUUAGCAAUUCUUUUUGUUUGUCUAUUUGGAUUCUCCUGUUCAAGAGAACUCAAGGUCAAAACCAAGCGUAUAGAUCAUCGUCCCAUUUACAAUCAUACCCUUGCUACAAUAUUAGUGGAAUAUGCUUCUGCAGUUUAUAUGUCAGAUUUGACAGAAUUGUUUUCUUGGACAUGCUCAAGAUGUGAUGACUUAACAAAGGGAUUUGAGAUAAUAGAGCUGAUUGUUGACAUUCAGCACUGCUUACAGUCAUUUGUUGGUGUGGCCAAGAAUCUUAAUGCUAUAGUUAUUGCAUUUCGAGGAACUCAGGAACACAGCAUACAGAAUUGGGUUGAAGACUUAUUCUGGAAACAACUUGAUCUAAACUACCCUGGCAUGCCUGAUGCAAUGGUGCACCAUGGAUUUUAUUCUGCUUAUCAUAAUACAACAUUACGCCCUGGAAUUCUAAAUGCUGUCAAAAGAGCAAAGGAUUAUUAUGGAGAUCUUGACAUCAUGGUGACAGGGCAUUCAAUGGGAGGGGCUAUGGCUUCCUUUUGUGGACUUGAUCUAACAGUUAACCAUGAAGCCAAGAAUGUUCUGGUUAUGACCUUUGGACAACCUCGCAUUGGCAAUGCUGUCUUUGCAUCUUACUAUAGCCGACUCGUGCCAAACAGUAUCCGCAUCACAAAUAACCAUGAUAUUGUACCUCAUUUGCCUCCAUACUAUAGUUAUUUCCCUCAAAAGACAUACCACCAUUUCCCAAGAGAGGUGUGGCUGUAUAGCAUUGGAUUGGGAAGUCUGGUCUAUAAUGUGGAGAAGGUCUGUGAUGGUUCUGGUGAAGACCCAGCUUGUAGCAGGUCAGUAAGUGGAACCAGCAUUUCAGAUCAUUUAAAUUAUUAUGGCAUUGAUUUAAUGGGAGAAACAUGGAGAUCUUGUGGGAUUGUGAUGGAUUCUUUUGUGAAGGAAUAUGGCAAAACAGAUCUGGAUGGAAAUUUUGCUUUAUCCAGAAAUCCUGCGACUCCUAUUCUGAAACUGAAAACAGAGGUGGAUGAUGGAGGUAACCGUGUUUAGAACAUUAGUCAGGAUCAGGAUUGAUUUCUGAUGUGGAUUUUCUUACCAACCAGAGAUAAUAUUCUUUAUCUGUUUGGAGUUCAUCUGGGAAGAUUUAGCUUGUGAAUACUGUUGUAAGCCUGGUUGGAGAGGGAAAAUUGUGUACAGAAGUUAACAUGUACAGUUUCAACUUUGUAAUAUCUUAAAAUAAUACCCUAUUGUUGAAACCAUCUCUAAGUUGGAAAUUACACAUGUAUUCUGUUGUAAGUUCUGAAAUAUGAGUUGGUUGGGUGUGAUCAUUUCAUUGGUGCU